GAGAAAAUAUCUAAACGAAAUAUCUAUCAGGAUUUUCCUAGAGGCUAUAGAUUCCUUCCGAGAUAUCACAGAAUCAUAGGUUAUUAAUCUUUGCCAAGUUUUAGAGACCAUAUCCAAUAUGUCUGUUGUAGCAGCAGUCUCAAUUUCCCAAUUUUCAGUACCAAAAGGUUUCCAAGUUCAACACCAGUUCACCACAAGCAAGCCUAUCUUGAGGCAGGGAUGCAGUGGAAUAAGAUGUUGUAACAAAGAGUCAGGGGAAAGAGCAAAUACAAUAGGGAAGAAUUACUAUGAAUUACUUGGAGUUGCUGUUGAUUCAAACCCCCAGAUAAUCAAACAAGCUUAUAGGAAUUUGCAAAAGAAAUAUCACCCAGAUAUUGCAGGCCAAGAGGGUCAUGAGUAUACCCUAAAGCUGAAUGAAGCCUAUAAGGUUCUGAUUAGGGAGAAUCUGAGGAAGGAAUAUGAUGCUUCUAUUGGUCAAAGGAGAGUAAGUACUGUCAGAGGAAACAGCUCAACCUUUGAUGGCAGCUCAUGGAAUGGAGUUUUGAGACCCCAAGCACUCUUUGUUGAUGAAAAUGCUUGCAUAGGUUGCAGACAAUGUGUGCACCAAGCAAGUGCUACCUACAUGUUUGAUGAGUCUCUCGGAUGUGCAAGGGUUAAACUUCAAUACGGUGACGAUGAUCUAAAGAUUGAGGUAUCAGUUGACUCAUGCCCUGUGAACUGCAUUCAUUGGGUGGAAAGAGAAGAACUGCCGGUGCUCGAGUUCCUCAUCCAGCCUCGGCCAACAGAAGGACAUGGAAUAUUUGGAGGAGGUUGGGAAAGACCAGCAAAUGUGUUCAUGGCUGCUAAGUCAUUCAAUAAGCAACUGAAAGAGGAGGCUGAAAAUGGAAACCAUCACCGAAAUAUGGUUUGAUUGCAGCAAGUGAGAGUGUGGAAGAAGAAACCCCUGCUCAAGCAAAGGCGCGGGCCGAAGCAAGUAUGAAGAUCAAGAUGGAAGCAUUCUCAAAAUUCUGGCACUGGCAAAAGUAAAAUUAAGAAACCCUUUUGGGGGAGGGUUCGGAAUUAAUAGGUGAUAUAGUGAUAUAUAUUCAGAUAGAUAUUGAAAGGGGUGGCUAUAUGUUCCAGAAUUUUAGAAAGAUUUAGAACACAGAAGUAUGAAGGGAUUGAAAAUAGUGAGGUUACAUAAAAAAGUAAAGGCACAAGAAUGAAGGUUGUGCAUGCUGCUACAUCCAUGUAUGUUGUUACUGAUUUGGUUGUUGAUAUAUUUCGUGUGUGAUCCA